AGAGCGAGCAGAAAAGAAGAUUACUAAACAAGAUAACACAAUCGAAUGGUGGGCCAGUCGGCAAAGUGAACGGGACAAGACAAGCCAGAUACUCUAGCGUGUUACAUCAAUUAACUUAAGUUUCAAUUUGAAGUUAAUUAACUUUACUCGUCAAAACUUUUGAACAGAAGAUACAUUGUGAUUUAAUACCUAUUUUUUGUGAUUUAGUCUUCUAUAAAUAGCGAACCACGUCAGUAUAAUACUAGACCAUAAAGAUAUUAUGGGUUGCAAUACUUCCAAGGUAGCUGUACAACCACAUUCUAGCGAUGCCUGGUCUAACAAGCCCCCGUCCGCAUCCAAGAAGGGCCGUCCAAACUCAAAUUUAGUCCGUGUUAAGCCUAAAACGAAAGCCGAUGCUGAUGUUACUCAAGACAAGAUACCUCAAACCGAGAUCAUUAUGCGUAAAGACAGUAUACGGUCUAAGGGCUCUAUGCAUGACAACACGACGGGUAACAACAGAGGUAUAUCGUCUGCAACCAGCAAAAUGUCCACCCACACGUCCGACAGCGGACUUGAAGCCGACUACGCUCAUGUAAUCACAGAAAAUUGCGACCCACAUCUUAUAAAUGCAGUUGAAGAAGACAACAGGCCACCCACACCAGAAUUAGUUGUCAGUGGUAAACAAAUCGAAUCGAGAAAGCGCAGUGGUGGUAAGAAUCGGCGGGCGCAGGAAAGUGCAGAUAUUCUUGCCGAACUUCAGAGCCAAGGGAUUGUCACUAGACCAGCAUCACGUCUUGGGAAUGGAAUGGCAUUCGAAAUUUCAUUAGAUCCUAAUAAUGAAUUCCUAAAGGCACAGCGACCACCUCCUAGGCUGGCUAAAUUGAAAAAGAGGAAGAAGAAGUCAAAGAAAACAAAGGAAGAAAUCGAUGCUAAAAUAAAGGCUGCGGAGGAGCGACGAAAGAAAAAGGAGUCUGAGAUGAUCGAACGGUUGAACACAAGUAAAAAGGAAAUGCAAGUGCAAACCACUUUGGAUGAAUCUGAACGAUCUCAAAAGAAACAUGUUGAAAUUAAAAUGAGUAACGCAUUGGACAAGGCAGCAGAAAACAGAAAAGCCAAGAUGGAGGCAUUGAAGGAGAGAUUGAAAGAGAAACAGCGACACGCUGAGAAGGUUCGACUGGCUAAACUUGAACGAAUGAAAGAGGACAGUAACGAAACAGAGCCUACCUCUGAGGUUUGAAAACGCUAAGCAAGUUGAUGCGAAAUCGAUUAUGUUGCUAAUGACGUUUUUGUUACAUCAAAAUCAUCUGUUGCAAUAUCAAACGGUAUCCUCAAAUUAAUUAGCAAACACCUGCAGUAUUAUAAAUGAUGGUCACGACAGAGGUAACAAAUUACCCUUUACCCUGGUGCUAAAGAAGAUAACCAAUCAUGAAAAUGCUCUUAGCAACGUUUUCAUGUGUAAUAUCUGUAACAGUCUUGCUAAAGUAACCACUAAAAUGGUUAGAAUACGGGAAAGAUAACCUAAAAAUGUCAUCAGUGUUUGGUCCUAGGCCUAUUUUUAGAAAGGAAGUCAAUGACGGUAUCUCGUUCUCGAAUAUCUAUGGUGCUGAUUGGUGAUGAAUGCCUGUUGCUAAUUGAGUGGAUUCAGCACUAAUUUUCUAAUUAGGACUAGUUUAAUUAUUUAUGUAAAGGAAUUUAACUAUGUUCAUUCGCCGAAUGAAUGUAAAAAAAUCAGUUCUUCCGAAAAUGUAAACCAAUCAACUUCCAUAGAACAUACUUUCCCAUUAUUCAACACCGCCAUCAAUAUUACUAUGCCCACCUAGGUUGAGGAAAUGUGCGCUUCCCUUAAGAUAAGGUGGUGAAAGAUAUAAAUAAAUAUUUUGUGCUAAUGAAUGCAUUAGUCUAGCUAGUAUAUUUAAUUGAAUUGAAUGUAAGUUUCAGAUAUCGGGCUGGUUCCCGAUUGAAUAUCAAAUAUUGCGCCGGAUACGCAAACGUGUUGAUGGGGUGGUGCGUUUGUUGAUUACUACACUGUGCCACCGAUUACUACCAAUCUGUUUAAUAUCUUCUUUGAUAAAUUCUGAUUGAAAUUGUAUAGUGACAUUUUAUAUUUAAAAUCAUAUUUUCAAAAGUGUAUACCUUUUUGUCUUUAAUGUUAUUGAUUUAAAAAGAAGAAAAUGUCCAUGAUUUUAAUUUUUUUAUGCAAAAAGUUUUUUGUAUCCCAAGCACAGUAACACUUGCAAGUCAGUUUGUGUUUUGUUUUUUGUUUUUUACUUUAUUUGUCCACAUUCUGUCUACAUCACUCAUCCUGUAUAUUUGGCUGGUAAUAUGUAAAUUUUUAGCUAAAUUUUAAUGUAUCAAAUUCAUUAAAACUUAAAAAUUUAUAUUUUCCAAACAUUAGCCGAUAAGAUAGAGCACUUCCAUCAGAAUGAUACGUAUUUUCCAGAUUUUGGGUUAAAGAAUCUUGAGCAACGCAAAAUAAUAAUGCAUGUCUGGAUGUAUUUUGUAUGUUUUAAACGGUGCUCUUUCUAUCAAAAUUGCUGAGAGGGCUACACUAUAUAAAUUAAGGAUUUUUCUUUUUUUAAUUUGUGUCGUAUUUUGGUGUGAACACAUUUACUAUGUCAGAGAUGGAAUGAAUAAAAUACAAACAUUUUAAAAUUA